AUGCAUCUUACUCUGAAGCUGGCAACCUUGCUACUGUUGUAUGGAACCGCCUCGGCCUGGAUCGAUUGUAGGAUUCCAUCCAGCGCAGAGCUCAAUGGGGGUUGUUCGGUGGCACAGCAGGAUGGAUGUUCAUAUUGGUGCGGCAAAAGGUGUUCCGGUUCGAACUAUCCAGUUUGUAUCCCGUAA